AUGAGUAAUUAGGAUAGUGAACCCGAAAUCGAUGACUCAGAUUUGGAAGGAAAUUCAGUCAGCCAAUCACCAUAUGACAAUCCCAUAGACGACCAGGAGGAUGAAAUGGACACUUCUCAAUCAGAUGGUAUUGUUACUAAUUCAUACUUCCAAAUAGUUUAGAAAUCAGUCACUUCUGACUCAAGCGAUGAUGAAGACGAGAAUCAAAUAAUUCGAACCGGGGCUAUGAUCUAAUAGAGCAAAGGAAGGAAAGUCUUGAAGAAUGAAAGAAUUACUCCUCCCUUUUUAACUAAAUAUGAGCGUGCCAGAGUUAUAGGAACACGAGCUUUGCAAAUCAGCAAGAACAGUCCUAUAUACGUUGAUCCAAGUAUUCAAAGACAUUGACUUAUUAUAGAGGAGACAACUGACCCCAUAUAGGUGGCUUAAUAAGAGUUGAAUGAGAACAAAAUACCUUUCAUAAUUAGAAGAUAUCUGCCAAAUGGAAAUUUUGAAGACUGGGAACUUUAAGAGUUAGAACGCUUGGACUGACACAUAUUGUAUGAAUAUAAUUUUAGUCAAAGUGCAUUAUUUUUAUCA